GAAACCAGCUUUGGGGGAAGGAGGGAGCGAGGGAACGAGAGCAGGGCUAAUGAAUGAAGGGAAUUCCGCUGAGCCUCCAAACCCUGGACUCCCACCCUCCAUCUAGCUGCGGGACUUUGCCGCGGGAGGAAAGCCCCGGAAUCCCGAGCCAGCGGCACCCUGGGGCUUACCGGAGCCCGCGGACGCGUGCGCCAGGGCAAAGGCGGCGGGCGCCUGUCCCUUUAAGGGGCCGGUCUCCGGGCACCGCCGGCCCAGACGCCGGGACGUGCCGGGGGCCGCCCCGCCCCGAAGCCGCCCGUUUCCUGCCGGGCGGCGCGACGGCACCUGAGCAACUGCGGCGGCGGCGGCGGCGCCUCUGAGCGGGCGGCCGGGGCUGUAGUGCCCGUGCCGCCGCGUCUUCCCGGUCUCCUUCCCCGGCUGCUUAGGGUUUUAUAGGAUCACAUUAACAAAAGCACCAUGGAGUUUUAUGAAUCAACAUAUUUUAUUGUCCUUAUUCCUUCAGUAGUUAUUACAGUAAUUUUCCUCUUCUUCUGGCUUUUCAUGAAAGAAACAUUAUAUGAUGAAGUUCUUGCAAAACAGAAAAGAGAACAAAAGCUUAUUCCUACCAAAACCGAUAAAAAGAAGGCAGAAAAGAAAAAGAAUAAAAAGAAAGAAAUCCAGAACGGGAACCUCCCUGAAUCUGAUUCUGAGAGUGUACCCCGGGACUUUAAAUUAUCUGAUGCCUUGGCUGUAGAAGAUGAGCAAGUUGUACCUGUUCCACUGAAUGUAGUUGAAACUUCAAGUAGUGUCAGAGAAAGAAAGAAGAAGGAAAAGAAACACAAGCCUGUACUAGAAGAACAGGUCACCAAAGAAAGUGAUGUGUCAAAGAUUCCAGGCAAAAAAGUAGAACCUGUCCCAGUUACUAAACAGCCCACCCCCCCUUCUGAAGCAGCUGCCUCAAAGAAGAAACCAGGGCAGAAGAAGUCUAAAAAUGGAAGCGAUGAUCAGGAUAAAAAGGUGGAAACUCUUAUGGCACCUUCAAAAAAGCAAGAGUCAUUACCCCUCCAUCAAGAGACUAAACAAGAAAGUGGAUCAGGAAAGAAGAAAGUUUCUUCAAGGAAGCAAAAGACAGAAAACGUCUUGGUAGAUGAACCCCUUAUUCAUGCAACUGCUUAUAUUCCUUUGAUGGAUAAUGCCGAUUCAAAUCCUGUGCUGGAUAAGAGAGAUGCUAUUGAUCUAAUUAAACCUGACCAAGUAGAAGGAAUCCAGAAAACGGGGGCUAAAAAAUUGAAGACUGAAACUGAUAAAGAAAAUGCUGAAGUGAAAUUUAAAGAUUUUCUUCUGUCCUUGAAGACUAUGAUGUUUUCUGAAGAUGAGGCCCUUUGUAUUGUAGACCUGCUAAAGGAGAAGUCUGGUGUGAUACAGGAUGCUUUGAAGAAGUCAAGUAAAGGAGAAUUGACCGCACUUGUACAUCAGCUUCAAGAAAAAGAUAAGUUACUUGCUGCUGUGAAGGAAGAUGCUGUUGCUAUGAAGGAUAGGUGUAAGCAGUUAACUCAGGAAAUGAUGUCAGAGAAAGAAAGAAGCAAUGUAGUUAUAGCAAGGAUGAAAGAUCGGAUUGGAACGUUAGAAAAGGAACAUAACGUAUUUCAAAACAAAAUGCAUGUCAGUUAUCAAGAGACUCAGCAGAUGCAGAUGAAGUUCCAGCAGGUUCGUGAGCAGAUGGAGGCCGAGAUAGCUCACUUGAAGCAGGAAAAUGGCAUAUUGAGAGAUGCUGUCAGCAACACUACAAACCAACUAGAGAGCAAGCAGUCUGCUGAACUAAAUAAACUACGCCAGGAUUACGCUAGGUUGGUGAAUGAGCUAACUGAGAAAACAGGAAAGCUCCAGCAGGAGGAAGUCCAAAAGAAGAAUGCUGAGCAAGCAGUUACUCAGUUGAAGGUUCAACUACAAGAAGCUGAGAGAAGGUGGGAAGAAGUCCAGAGUUAUAUCAGGAAGAGAACGGCAGAGCAUGAGGCAGCACAACAAGAUUUACAGAGUAAAUUUGUGGCCAAAGAAAAUGAAGUACAGAGUCUUCACAGUAAGCUUACAGAUACCUUGGUAUCAAAACAACAGUUGGAGCAAAGACUAAUGCAGUUAAUGGAAUCGGAGCAAAAAAGGGUGACCAAAGAAGAAUCUUUACAGAUGCAAGUUCAGGAUAUUUUGGAGCAGAACGAGGCUUUGAAAGCUCAAAUUCAACAAUUCCAUUCCCAGAUAGCAGCCCAGACCUCUGCUUCAGUUCUGGCAGAAGAAUUACAUAAAGUGAUUGCUGAAAAGGAUAAGCAGAUAAAACAGACCGAAGAUUCUUUAGCAAAUGAACAUGAUCAUUUAACAAGUAAAGAGGAGGAACUUAAGGAUACACAAAAUAUGAAUUUCUUAUUAAAAGCUGAAGUGCAAAAGUUACAGGCGCUGGCAAAUGAACAGGCUGCUGCUGCACGUGAACUGGAGAAGGUGCAGAAAAGUAUUCAUGUUAAGGAUGAUCAAAUAAGAUUGCUUGAAGAACAGCUGCAAUGUGAAAUUUCAAACAAAAUGGAAGAAUUUAAGAUUCUAAAUGACCAAAACAAAGCAUUACAGUUAGAAGUUCAGAAGCUACAGACUCUUGUUUCUGAACAGCCUAAUAAAGAUGUUGUGGAACAAAUGGAAAAAUGCAUUCAAGAAAAAGAUGAGAAGUUGAAGACAGUGGAAGAAUUACUUGAAACUGGACUUAUUCAGGUGGCCACAAAAGAGGAGGAACUGAAUGCAAUAAGAACAGAAAAUUCAUCUCUGACGAAAGAAGUUCAAGACUUAAAGGCUAAGCAAAAUGAUCAGGUUUCUUUUGCAUCUCUAGUUGAAGAACUGAAGAAAGUGAUCCAUGAAAAGGAUGGAAAGAUCAAGUCUGUGGAAGAGCUUCUGGAAGCAGAAGUUCUCAAAGUUGCUAAUAAGGAGAAAACUAUUCAGGAUUUGAAACAGGAAAUAGAGGCUCUAAAAGAAGAAAUAGGAAAUAUCCAGCUUGAAAAGGCUCAACAGUUGUCUAUCACCACUCAAAUUCAGGAGCUUCAGAACUUAUUAAAAGGAAAGGAGGAACAGAUGAAUACCAUGAAGAUUGUUUUAGAAGAGAAGGAGAAAGACAUAGCCAGUAGAGCGAAAUGGUUGCAGGAUCUUCAAGAAGAAAAUGAAUCUUUAAAAGCUCAUGUUCAGGAGAUAGCACAACAUAACUUGAAAGAGGCAUGUUCUGCAUCACGAUUUGAAGAACUUGAGACCGUGUUGAAAGAAAAGGAAAAUGAAAUGAAGAGAAUAGAAACUGUACUAAAAGAGAGAGAGAGUGAUCUUUCUAGCAGAACAAAGCUGUUACAGGAAGUACAGGAUGAAAACAAAUUGUACAAAUCUGAAAUCGAGCAGCUUAAGCAACAGAACUACCAACAGGCCUCAUCUUUUCCUCCACAUGAAGAACUAUUAAAAGUAAUUUCAGAAAGAGAGCAAGAAAUAACUGGUCUUCAGAAUGAGUUAGAUUCUUUGAAGGAGGCUGUUGAACACCAGAGGAAGAAAAACAAUGACCUUCGGGAGAAAAACUGGGAAGCAAUGGAAGCAUUGGCAUCAACUGAAAAAAUGCUGCAGGACAAAGUGAACAAGACUUCCAAGGAAAGACAACAACAUGUGGAAGCUGUUGAAUUAGAAGCUAAAGAAGUUCUCAAAAAAUUAUUUCCAAAGGUGUCUGUUCCUCCUAAUUUGAACUAUCGUGAAUGGCUGCAUGGAUUUGAAAAGAAGGCAAAAGAAUGUGUGGCUGAAACUUCAAGUUCAGAGGAGGUUAAGGUUCUAGAGCACAAGUUGAAAGAAGCUGAUGAAAUGCACACAUUGUUACAGCUCGAGUGUGAAAAAUAUAAAUCCGUCCUUGCAGAAACAGAAGGAAUUUUACAGAAGCUACAGAGAAGUGUGGAGCAAGAAGAAAACAAAUGGAAAGUUAAGGUCGAUGAAUCACAGAAGACUAUUAAACAGAUGCAGUUGUCAUUCACAUCUUCAGAACAAGAGCUAGAGCGAUUAAGAAGAGAAAGUAAAGAUAUUGAAAAUCUGAGAAGAGAGCGAGAGCAUUUGGAAAUGGAACUAGAGAAGGCAGAACUUGAGCGAUCUACCUAUGUUACGGAAGUCAGAGAGCUGAAAGAUCUGUUGACUGAAUUGCAGAAAAAACUUGAUGAUUCAUAUUCUGAAGCAGUAAGACAGAAUGAAGAGCUAAAUUUGUUAAAGACACAGUUAAAUGAAACACUUACAAAGCUUAGAACUGAACAAAGUGAAAGACAGAAGGUAGCUGGCGACUUGCAUAAGGCUCAACAGUCACUCGAUCUUAUCCAGUCAAAAAUAGUAAAAGCUGCUGGAGACACUACUGUUAUUGCGAAUAGUGAUGUUUCCCCAGACACGGAGUCUUCUGAGAAGGAGACGAUGUCUGUAAGUCUAAAUCAGACUGUAACACAGUUACAGCAGCUGCUUGAGGCAGUAAACCAACAGCUCACAAAGGAGAAAGAACACUACUAGGCAUUAGAGUGAAGCAACUGGGAAGCUGUUCAUUCAAGGAUAACAGAAGGCAUUGUAUUAUAUUUUGCCAAAUUAAAGCCUUAUUUAUGUUUUCACCCUUUCUACUUUGUCAGAAACACUGAACAGAGUUUUGUCUUUUCUAAUCCUUGUUAGACUACUGAUUUAAAGAGAGAAAAAAAAAAGCCAACUCUGUAGACACCUUCAGAGUUUAGUUUUAUAAUAAAAACUGUUUGAAUAAUUAGACCUUUACAUUCCUGAAGAUAAAAUAAACAUGUAAUCUUUUAUCUUAUUUUGCUCAAUAAAAUUGUUCAGAAGAUCAAAAGUGGUAAAGACAAUAUAAAAUUUAACAUUUUAAUACUGAUGUUGUACACUGUUUUACUUAACAUUUUGGGGAGUAACUGCCUCUGACUUCAAGAAAACACUUUUUUGUUGCUAAUGUAAUCCGUUUUUUGUAAUGGCGUCAGCAAAUAAAGGGAUGCUUAUUAUUCA